AUGUCAAGCCCAAAACCCGCCGCCCCAGCAAAGCCUUUUAAAGAUCAGCUCAUUGAACUGGUUCAGACAGCUCAAUUCGCCUGGUUUGCCGGCCAUGUCACCACAAUUUUCUACUCUCUUGUCUAUUUUAUUUCUUACAGAUCGAAGGGCUCUUUCCACAAAUUCAGCUACACUCUGAUUUAUCUGUCUGUGAUUGAGUCAUUUGGAAUCAUUAUCCAUCAAUCCUGGAAGGCUGGCAGUCUAAAACUGAACAACCCCAAGGCGGUUCUUGCGGACGAUAACGUCCAAUAUAUCUUGAUUGCUUUGGCUCUGCUUCUGGUUUUGCCUGUCAUUUCGCUGUCCAUCUUCCCCUUUGUGUUUUUCUCGUUCUUCCACUGUAUCACGUACUUUAGGGGAGCGGUUCUGCCAAAACUGGGACUCAAAAACCAGGAAGCCCUUGCCAACAAGCUUGGCUCCUUUGUUGCCAACUACAACGAUUUGUCGAUGUACUAUGCUGCCAAUUUUGAGAUUGCCACCUUUGCCUACAUUGUUGUCAGGGCCCUUUUGUGGUCCAAAGGUUUCUGGAUUGCUCUGGUUGUCUAUGGAGCGUUCAUUAAGUUCAGAUACGAGAAAUCGAUUUUCACUAGAUCAUGUUUCAAGAAGCUCGAGGUGAGAAUUGACGGCCUUCUGUCGCAUCCUUCUGUGUCUCCUCAGAUCAAGCAAUAUUGGAUCAACGCGAAGUCAGCUCUCAAGAAGUACGGAAACCAGUUCAAGCUUGUGCAGGAACCUGGCAAGACCGAGUGA